AUGGAGGUUCCCAAAACAUCCCAAAGCACAGCUCCCUCUGAGAGUCAUUGCGGUGAACGCUUCUGGAUUCCCUCUACUUCCCGAGCUAACGCCUCAAUUAUGAGCUCUAGCGAUUGCAAUCCCAAUAUCCGUUCUGAAGAAGAACUCGCAGAAUCACCGAUAUCAUUGGAUCACACGACUGUGUGUUAUAGUACACCAGAAGAAUCUAUCCUCCGAAUGGAGGAUGACGCUCCGUUGUGCAGUGUAACGGAGGGUGGCGAGCCGUUGCACUCGUCUAAGAAACCAAUGUCAGCAGUGUUCCGCCUAUCUACGGGAAAGAAGAGUCGAGGUCGGAAAGAUCCUAGGGAUUCUAUGCCUCUCUUGGCCCCCUCUGUCACUGCAAGUGAGCUGCCAAUGGCAUUUUCACAUCUUCCCCAGCCUUUGCAGGCUCCUGAGGCCACUUCCCUCUUCCCCGAUGCUGACUCCCGACCUCCAAGGGAGAAGCUCAAUAAAGCGCAGAUGAAGGAGCUAAAAAAGAAAAAGAAAACAGAAAAGAGCAAGAGUUGUAAAAAAGCUGAGAUGGUAACCGAGGCUCUUGAGAUUCCACUGAAGGUUCCGGCCAAGAAAAAGAAGCGAAAAGCGGCUGGCGGUGUGGAGGUCCCGGUCAAUGUGCCGAAUAUCGACAAGGCUGUGAUUGGUGUCAACCUUGCAACCGCGCUGGAACGAAAUCCAAGUCAUGAUGGCGUUCCUCUGCCAGCCUUCGUCCGGUAUUUAAUCGACUUCAUUGAAGAAUAUGGGCUCACAGUGGAAGGCAUUUACAGAGUACCAGGCGUCAAUUCUCAAGUAAAACAAUUCAUCAAUGCCUUGAACAAUGGAGUGGAGUUCCCGGACAUACCACCUACAUCUCCUGCCUCUUUGCAUUACAGUGAAGCUCCAAAAUCUGUGCGAGCCACGCUCACGGAGAGUAGGGAAGGCGGCACCGCUUUUCCUCAAGUAGCUUUUACAUUGCCGCCGCCACCACACGACCCGGCUGUGGUGACCAGUGUACUGAAGCACUUUUUGCGUAGCCUACCUGAACCCCUGCUCACUACGGAACUGGGCUCCUCCAUUGAGGCAGUCUGUGACCAAGCAACAGAUGCUAGCAAAGAGGGCGAUUGGCGGCGUCGGCUGGCUGAGCUGGUUCACUGGGAAUUGCCGCGUGUCAAUCGUUACCUCCUAGCCUGGCUGCUACAGCAUAUGAUCCAUGUUAUCGACCGCUCUGACGAAAACAAAAUGACUCUAUCCAAUCUCGUUAUAGUCUUCUCCCCCACGCUUCGCAUGUCUCAUCGUCUUCUGGCUCUCCUCCUCCAACCAUUUCCAGGUCAUUUGUGCUAUUCCAACCUCUUAGCUCUAUUGUGGAGAGCUUCUCUCGUAGAUGGAAGCAUAAUAGAACUAGCAGAACCUGAAGCAACACGGCUGGUUGGUUUGGCGAAUGCAAGAAAUCAAGUCUCUCACUGGUUGUUUCCCCAUCCGGCGUUUACCUAUCGGCCCUACAGGGCUCCUCUGCCACCGCCACCACCCUCUGAGGCUGGUUUCAUGCCUUUUGAUCUGCCUGAUACUCUUUCUGAGCUGGAGGACGAGCUAUUUAAGCAGGAGUCGCUGCUGACAUUCACACAGCAACAGAUCGUUUCUGGCAGGGCCAGCGCGGAGAAGGAUGCUUUUAUUUGGGAGGUGCAACACCUAGUGACGAAGAUGAAGCGGAAGAAAGCCCUCUUAGAGUUGACCGACCCAGAAGCUAUUCGCGCUGAGCUGAUGCGACACGAAACACGUCUUGAAAGAGUCCAGCAGGAGUUGGUCAAGUUCAAAAUUACCGAGGGUACAGUUGCUACAUCCGCCAACACCGCCACUGUCAGUGCCAGCGCUUCCGUCAUUGCGUCACCUGAGAAAGGUAGUUAUGCCUUCUUUGACUGCUACUGCUACGGAACACCUAAUUCGCGCCUAAGUAGUAUGUCGUACGUUUCGAGUUACAUUGGUUUGUUCGUGCUCUCUGCUGCUUCUGUGGGUUCACAAAUCAAGCUCAUUUCAGCCUCCAAGCCGGUGAGUUCUCGCCUCCCCGUCUCCCAAUUUGAUUUUGUCUCGCCACUUUCAAAGCGCUCGAGUGGGCAGCAGAAACAACGCACCCCGUCUGGAUUGAGUGGUCCAGCCAUCACCUCUGGCAGUCUAGACGCGGAGUUUUGGGAACUCCAACAGACAGUGACUAUGCUGAAGCGGCGUCUUAAGCGAUGCCAUGAGAGUCUCCCACCUCCGGCUCACCCUCCUCGUGAACUGAUUCCCUCUGAGUCGCUGGACACUGAGGAAGUGUUUGACUUCUCUUUGAGGAAACCAGUUCCUGAGGUGGUAAUGGGGCAGAUUUCUGGUGAAUCACUUAAUAGUGAAGCUGGAAUACCUCUUCCACGAGGACGCACAUUAGCGACGGAGGAGGUGCCGACUCCCAAGGUCGAGAGCUUUCCCGUUGAAUGGCCUAUCACUCCAACACCGUGCACAGAAACGUUAGCAGCAACGGUUGUGGGGAGUGGUGAUAAGGUGGAUGAGCCGGUGGCAGAUGUGGUGGAAAUAAGAACGGCACAAAAAGAGGAACUGAAGUCUGGGACACAGCUGUCAUCACAGGAUAAUUCUAAGCUGGAUCCCGCCUCGCAGUAUCUCCUCUCCAUCUGCAACUACUGGUCAGUGCGUCAGCAGGAACUCAUGGCAUGCCAGCACGAUCUCAAGUCUCGCAUUUGCUCACAGGAGGCAGAAAUCGCCCGAAUUGAGAUGUGUAUCAGUCAGAUGGUAGCCACAGGGGAAGUGCGCGAACGACAGGUGCGUCAAUACUUCCACGAGAACGAGCAUCUUCUGAAAGUAGGUCGCGGUACUUCGGGUCGACUUCAAAUGCUAGGCCCGCUGGCCGGUCACAUUCUCAAUGAAGACGAGAACGUAAAUGAGGACGGCAACGACAGAGACGCCGAUGUGGAUGAAGAUGACGAUGACGAUGACGACGAUGAUGAGGGGGAGAUGGCCGCAACUCUGCUGCAGCUCACGCGAGAUAAUGCGCGUCUGGAGGCACUUAACGCCUCACAUAUUGAAAACAUAGUUUCAGAGAGGGAUUCCUGUGCUCAUCUCAAGGUAUUCAUCUCUUUGACUGCUGUUUUCUUAAUCUUAUUGGCUGAACACUAUUUUUGUCUUCAUAACUUCUUCUGA